AUGUUAGGAGAUCCAGCUCGGCGCAAUCAGAAGCUCAGAUGCACCUACCACCAAGACAGGGGGCACAUGACUCAGAACUGCAGGGCACUAAAGCAACACUUGGAAGACCUAGUAGCAGCCGGGCACCUAAGGGAUUACAUUGAUCAAGAUAAGGAAGUGGCCGAACUGGGGAACCUGCUACCAGAACCGAAUGUUGAGCACCCACCUCGGUUGAUAAUAAAUGUGAUCCACGAGACAGUGAUUCAAGAAUCUGAUGAGGAACUGAAAGAAGAGAUCGCUAAGGCCGUGCAAAUUCAGAGGGUUAUGUCAGUACCUAAAUCCCCCUUGUGCACUGUUUCAUUUACUAGCAAAGAUUUAGAAGGCAUACAACACCCACAUACUGAUGCACUGAUUAUAACUGUGGAAAUUGGGAAACGAUUUGACCUAAAACGAGUCCUAGUAGAUCAAGGCAGUGCAGCAGACAUAUUGUAUUAUGAUUUGUUCAGAAAGCUUGGUUUCUCCGAGCAGCAACUCACCCCAGCGGCAGCCCCGUUGGUUGGUUUCAACUCACAGCCAGAAUGGCCGCCUGGCAGAAUAGUGUUGCCAGUCGUGCAGGAACAAAAACCCUUCAGAUAA